CAUCGCGCAGGCUUUCCUGCUAGUAGUCCUCAAACCUCAACUCUUCUUUUUCCUUCUUCAAAUUUUCUUCAGUCUGCUCCCUCUGGCCCAUCUGUUGCUCCUAUUUUCUUUUGGUUGGCGGAACGAAUAUUCCCGCGAGCUGUCGAUUUUUCACAUUGAACGCGGCAGAAAUUAGAAAACCCUUUCCUUCCUUCUUCUACAUCAACAAAGGGGUUAGGUUUUUUCACACUGGUUUCAGUGGCAUCACGAGGAAGAAGGAUACGGAAGAAGAAGAAGAAGAACCUAACUUUGUUCUCGACUGCAUAUGCUCCAGGAGCUCGCGAAACCACCCCCCAGCGACAGUUACGGCCAAACCCUCAUAACCACCGCCAUACCACACCCCGAACAUCGUGACCGGACCCAAACGCGCCGGCUUCAGCUCCGCCGCCAAGCCCGACCCUCCCCUACCGUUCUGCCUUCACGGUUUCGUCGGAAAAUCGCGAAAUCCGACCGGUUUCAGGCGAAAUUUCGCCGCCGUUGUACGCUGUCUUCCGGCACCAAAUCAGUUGAGUAAGCAGCGGCCAUAAAAAGGGAAAAAUUACCCCUCAAAACCCUAAUUCGGCGACUCAGCUGCAAUAGCCCAAGUAACAGUGAUUGAACCGCUUCCUUGCUUUGGUUGCUUGUGUCUAUAUGGCGGAUUCAGGUGGAAAUGCAGAACCUGGAGAAGUUUGCAACUUCUUCCGGAAGCCAAUAAAGAAGCAAAACAUUAGAAAGCGAAGGGUUGAUGAAGAUGAGGAGGAUGACGGCUCAAAAUCUGGGGGCGCAUCAUUACCAAGUCAAAGAAAAGCCUCAAAGCUUGAUGGCAAGCUGUAUUUUUCUAGUGGACCUGCUAAGAGCUCUACUCCUGGUAGUGGUGCAAUCUUUGAGUUCAAGUCUUCAAAAGAAAUCCAAGUUGAACAUGAUAGUAGAGCAACUGCGACUUUGGAGACUGAGACUGACUUCUCUAGAGAUGCUCGAGCAGUUCGUGAGAGAGUUCUUAAGCAGGCAGAGGAAGCUUUGAAGGGGAAGAGCAAAGGCACUGAGAACGACAAGUUGUAUAAAGGGAUCCAUGGAUAUACUGAUUACAAGGCUGGGUUCCGAAGAGAGCUAACAGUGGCCAGUGAGAAAGCGGGAGGUUCCCAUGGGCCUCUCAGGGCUUCUGCUCACAUCAGAGCUACCACAAGAUUUGAUUACCAGCCAGACAUCUGUAAGGAUUACAAAGAGACUGGCUACUGUGGGUAUGGAGAUUCCUGCAAGUUUAUGCAUGAUCGUGGAGACUACAAGUCUGGGUGGCAGAUGGAAAGGGAGUGGGACGAAGCAGAGAAAAUAAGGAAGAGAAAUUUAGCUUUGGGUGAGGAUGAUGUGGACCAGACUGACGAAGAUGACGAGGAUGAUGAGGAUGGCUCGUUGCCGUUUGCAUGUUUCAUCUGCCGCCAACCAUUUGUUGAUCCUGUUGUGACUAAAUGCAACCACUACUUCUGCGAGCACUGUGCACUAAAGCAUCAUUCAAAGAACAAGAAGUGCUUUGUGUGCGAGAAGCCUACCCUUGGCAUAUUCAACACAGCUCAUGAGAUACGCAAAAGGAUGGCCGCAGAGGGCAAAUAACAGCCACUAAAUUCACUUAUUGAACUCUUUGCUUUCAAGGCCUGUGAGCAGUAACAUUUCCACACUCCAUGGUCAAGUUUUGAAGAGAAAGUUCACUUGUGACUCUUUCAAGGCAUGUGAGCAGUAACAUUUCCACACUCCAUGGCAGAGCUAGAUGAAAUUCGUUUUACUUUGUUAAUGUAAAUCUGUUUUAAUCUUUCUUUCUUUGGUGGUAUAUCAACGUUGCCCGUAGCAGGGCCUCAAGUUUUGCGUCAUCUAUGUAGCUGUUCUAUUCAUCUUAUGCAGAUUAUUGAUUUAUUAAAUUUGAACUUCCGUUCAA